GAAAAAGUUAAAAGAUUUGAGAGAUCCUGUUCAGUUUUAAAGCUGCUUGUUGAGUCUUGAUUUCCCACUUUGCUGGGCCAGCACUAAGUGGAGAUUGGCAUGCCCUGGACCAGACCCCAGGUGGACCUUCAUGCUGGCGGAGCAGAGGCUAUGGACCAGUACAACAUAGACGACCACCACUAUGAGGGGUCCCUGUUCCCCACCUCAACCCUCAUCCCUGUCACUGUCAUCUGCAUCCUCAUCUUUAUCAUCGGAGUGACGGGCAACACCAUGACCAUCCUCAUCAUCCAGCACUUCAAGGACAUGAAGACCACCACCAACCUCUAUCUGUCCAGCAUGGCGGUGUCCGACCUUAUCAUCUUCCUCUGCCUGCCCUUUGACCUCUACCGCCUGUGGAAGUAUGUGCCCUGGCUGUUUGGGGAGGUGGUGUGCCGCUUCUAUCACUACAUCUUUGAGGGCUGCACCUCGGCCACCAUCCUUCACAUCACGGCCCUGAGCAUUGAGCGCUACCUGGCCAUCAGCUUCCCCCUCAGGAGCAAGGUGGUGGUGACUAGACGCAGGGUCCAGUACAUCAUCUUCGCCCUGUGGGUUUUCGCCCUGGGGUCUGCUGCUCCCACACUGUUCCUGGUUGGGGUGGAGUACGACAAUGACACACACCCGGACUACAAUACUGGGCAGUGCAAACACACCAACUACGCCAUCAGCUCCGGGCAGCUGCACAUUAUGCUCUGGGUGUCCACUACCUACUUUUUCUGCCCCAUGCUCUGCCUCAUCUUCCUCUAUGGCUCCAUCGGAUGCAAGUUGUGGAAAAGCAAAAUGGACCUGCAAGGCCCCUGUGCUUUGGCCCGUGAAAGGUCCCACAGGCAAACAGUCAAGAUCCUGGUGGUGGUGGUGCUGGCCUUCAUCAUCUGCUGGCUGCCUUACCACAUCGGCAGGAACCUCUUUGCCCAGGUGGACGACUACGACACGGCCAUGCUGAGCCAGAACUUCAACAUGGCCUCCAUGGUGCUCUGCUACCUCAGCGCCUCCAUCAACCCCGUCGUCUACAACCUCAUGUCCCGGAAGUACAGGGCCGCAGCCAAACGCCUCUUCCUGCUGCACCAGCGGCAAAGACAAGCCCGCCGCGGCCAGAGACAGCUCUGCGUGAUCGACCACAUCUCCACCCUGAAUGAAAGCCUGACUGGGGUCUGA